UGACAGAAGCACACUCGUUACAUGACCUGAGAGAGAGAAACGUCUGAUAUGAAGAAGCUGUCAAGAUGUCCAAAGCCUGCUUUAAUUUAUCACGAAUUGCUUUAAGUCACAAUGUUUUUACAAGCCGAAGGAAUGUGAAUUUAAGACCAUGUGCCACAAGGAUGCUGUCCAUUACAUCACAGCUUUAUGCAAAGUCCAGAAAACCUCCAGAUGAUGAUGAUGAUGAUGAAGUAAUAAACCAGCCCAUUAAGUUCUCGACCAGCAAAGCCAGUCACCGAACCUGGAAUGUGGACCGUUCCCUGGGCAGCAAUUACGAGCGUCCCUGGUGGAAAGUUUUACCCAUCAGCCUCUUUGGAGUGGGCUUCCUCCUCUGGUGCGCAUUCAGGAAAGAGAGCGAGAUAGACAAGUCUCUGGAGAAAAACCUGUAUGAACAUUUACCAGGACUGCUGUCCGAUGAAGAACAGGAGGAAGUCGACGUCAAAAACAAACCAUCAUAGUGGCUUAAGAGACAGUUUGCAUUUGUGAUAUUUAUCAUUUAUUAAUGCCUUCAGAAGUAAAAAUGCAUUCUCCAAAGAGUCGCAAAUCAAACUCGUUGAAAUGUCAAUUGGACCGUCCACACUACGAGUGCAGUGAGGUUUAUAUUGGAAAGCCUAAUGGGGAAACUUCUGAAUUGCAAUUGUGAUGUGAUUGCUGAUUUAGGGAUCAGGGAAACUCAUGAGUAUGGGUCUUCAUAAAGUAAUGAUCUGUAUAACAAAUACUUGAUCUGUAUAAUAAAGUGUGUAAACUUGU